AUGAUUAUUCAUCAGAGCAAGCGCACAAUUGUCCACUUUGAGAACCUUCCCUCCGGAAACGGUUAUCAGGUGUUCGUCCGCCUGUUCAGCGGGAACCGAGCCAGCCCAUGGUCGGAUGGUGGCUACGCUAUGACGGCUAUCAGUCCGGCCAAAGUGUACUACGAAAUCUCCACCGAGAUGACGUCAACGCUUGGUAAGACAAAUUGA